AUGAGCGAACCAAAUACACCUUGGGAACUGAUUCACAAACCACUUCCUAUUAUUGUGUACUGUCUCAAAGUGCUCAGGCGCUUGCGUGGCAUACAAAUCCCGGGUCCGUAUUGGGAGGCGUUAGUGUAUCGUACGCUGAAUUGUCCGGGUGUUAGCUCUGGAAAUGUGGUCACUAUGGCAGUAGAUAACCGGAAUCAACCAAAUUAUGGUCUACUACAGAUAUAA